AUGCCCUACUCAUGGGAUGAUGUCUAUGACUUUAUGAGUGCGGACUUCCAGGACCAGUUUCACAUUCAGUACGCUGAUGGAUCGAUACGAGGCAAGAGGAUCGACAAAUACUUGCCCGAUGACGCAAUCCACCUGCGCAAACGACUGGUUAGUGACGAGGACUCAGCCAAAGUCAGUGGAGGACAGUUGUACUUGGAUCUCAUGAUCGGCUGGUCCAAAGGUCAUGGUGUGGGUGGCGACGACAAGCGGUACAAACUGUCUGUCAACCUGUGGAACAACGUGACGAUCCUAUACGACUACGAAGACAUUCCUACGUGUCCCGAACGAGACAGAAACCUGUGUGACCAGGUGACAGACCCACAGUGUGUGUUCGCAGACGCCACGAAAUGCGACUACAAAGACAACAUCUAUGCAUACAACACAACCAACGGCACCAACGUGAAUGAGGUGCUUCUUGGCUCAGAUUCAGGCUACAACAUCUCCCUGAUUCAACAGUCUAUCACAGGUAACCUGUACACAGACUGGGUUCAAGUUGGAGACCCUGCUACAGGAGCAGCUUUUUCAGUGGACGGAUUUGCAUUUGUGGCAGCUCGAAAGGGCACCACGCAGAGCCCAGGUAUGGGGUUUGCCCCGGGACACUACCUCACUGGUCUCAUGAACACCACUAAUGUGACCACGGACUUUGCUGCCGCUCUCAUGUACAACGGAUACACAGAGUCGCGAUCUCUGGCGCUAUACAUGGCUAACGGAUCCAGUGCAUCGCCUCAUAUGAUGUUUGGAGGACUGGAUACAUCAUUAGCCAAGGAUAACUUCUUUGUGUCCUACCCACUACUCAAGGGAAACAACUUCUCCUACCCAACUCAGUAUAUGGUAACACUCACAGGAGUGUCUGUUACGGCCGACGAUGGAACUUCUGCAUCUUUGGGAGAACUGGGAGGGUCGUGUGGAGAUGGGGACACCAAGGGUGACUGUGUCCCAGUGGGAUUUGACACUACAAAGUACAUGUCCUACCUACCCCGAAACGUGGUCAUUAACCUGGCCAUCCAGCUCAACGCAAUGUACUCGUCUGACCUGCAGCUGUGGAUCCAGUCAUGCGCAUACAGAACCAUUGGUGGAUAUUUGAACAUCGAGCUGACUUCUAAUGUCUUUUCAGUGCCCAUCUCUCAGAUGCUCAUGCCCAUGAUUGACGAUCAGGGCAACGCUAUGAAAUUUAACGGCGGUGAAGACGCGUGUUAUCUUGCUCUCAGACCGUCUGAAAACAAUGGUUACAACUCUCUCGGUCUGGGCUUCAUGCAGAACUUCUACAUGGUAUUUGAUCCCGAUGACAACUACGUCUCCCUGGGUACACUCAAGAGUCAGCAAGAGCUGGAUACCGAGGCUUUCAAGAACAGGUACCCGAACCCUGUCAAACCUCUCAAACCAGGCAGGCUGUCCAAAAUUGCUAACGUAACUACAGUUUCCGAACAAGCCCAAAUCACCUUCCAGUACGUUCCUCCCCAUGACGUCACCGAGAUCAUCACCACGACAUCCAACGGAGUAGCUCUGCAACAAGGCCCUCUCGGAGCUCCUGUCCCUACGUCAGCAAACUCUCUGCUGGUUAUUACAUAUGGCUCUUCAGUCAUGUCGCUCCAGGGCAUUCCCAUCGGAACCUCAGUUCUGGAGUCCGGCACCGUGUCUGGAAAUGCCAGAAUCGAUCCCACAGGCGCCACGACUCGGUCAACGUCUUCCACGAUCAAACCCCCGCAGAUCCAGAUUCUGGGAACUCCAAUUUCGGGCUCCCUGACCAUCUUCAGGCAAGGGUCUCCCACAGAAGCACCCAGGAUGGCCAAGCAGGCGCCUAUGGGCAACUCUAACAUUGGCGCCCCUCGUUCUGGCGCCACCUCUUUACUCCAGGGAUUUGGAGUCACUCUUGGGAUGUGUCUCAUUGGAGCCUGUAUUAUCAUUGUUGCCUAA